AUGUCGCGAUGUGGCUGGCUGGAAGGGCGGCGGCAGCGUGAAGACGGGAAAGGACAUAAGAUACGCCUUGAAAGAAAGAAAGAAAAAAAGGAGGAGGAGAAGGAGGAGGAGGAGGAGGAGGAGGAGGAGGAGGAGGAGGAGGAGGAGGAGGAGGAGGAGGAGGAGGAGGAGGAGGAGGAGGAGGAGGAGGAGGAGGAGGAGGAGGAGGAGGAGGAGGAGGAGGAGGAGGAGGAGGAGGAGGAGGAGGAGGAGGAGGAGGAGGAGGAGGAGGAGGAGGAGGAGGAGGAGGAGGAGGAGGAGGAGGAGAAGAAGAAGAAGAAGAAGAAGAAGAAGAAGAAGAAGAAGAAGAAGAAGAAGAAGAAGAAGAAGAAGAAGAAGAAGAAGAAGAAGAAGAAGAAGAAGAAGAAGAAGAAGAAGAAGAAGAAGAAGAAGAAGAAGAAGAAGAAGAAGAAGAAGAAGAAGAAAAGAUUGCUCUCAAAGGCCUCCUCACCCCCCUGGCCCUGGAUUCUCAUGGAGCCCUUCCUUUAUCCUUCCCCACACCCUCUUCCCCCCCACAUACUUGGUUACACAUAG